CUGUGCUUUAAGUUAGUAGUACCUAAGCGAUUAAUAGGAAGGAUUAGUCAGCUCAUGAACAUAAAUCGUUAAAAAAUGUUCUGUACAAGAUUGAUCAGGCAAUUCAAAUUAUUAAGAAUAAGACAAUUACAUUCGACUUUUGUAAGAAAUGAAAAUAAAUCCGUUAGUGAGAAAUCUAAAACUACUGAAACAUCACAAUCUACGGAUCAGAAGGAACCAGUUGAUUUUGUAACAGGGCCACCUAUGGUUGCUCUAUCUAAUAUGGAUAAAAGAAUAUUAGUUUGGGUCAAACGGUAUCCUAGUCUGGAUCAAGUUCCAGAUUAUGUCUCCUAUCAAUGUAUCCAGCAUGCACAUACUAAGGCAAGAAUUCGUAUAUGCUUUGUUAUGAUGUUUCUUGCAAUAAUUAUUUGUCUCUCAGCUGUAAUGAUUGGAAAAAGAGAUGUUGCAGCUGGAAAAAAUAUAGCAACAGAAAGGAUGAAAUGGUAUAUGGAAGUAAAAGAAAAAGGUAGAAAAGAAGCAGCUGAUAAAGCUGAGAGAGAAUAAUAGUGUUUUACCUACCUUUAAUAAUAAAUAUACUUUAGUUAUAUAUGUAUAUAUAUAAAAAAGUAUUUUUUUUUUUUGUAGUAUUUAAAUUCAUGUUCGAAAUACUUUUUUGAUUUGCCCUUUUCUUUGUUACUAUUUUACUGUAUUAAUUAAUAUAAUUAUUGAUCUAUUGACCUAUGAAAUACUGCUUUGUAAUAUCAUUUGAGAUGUCUAAGUUAUAUAAAAUGAGCAUUGUAUAUUACUUUAAUAAUUCAAGAAAUAUAUUUUUGUAACGGAUAAAAAUGAGAUUAGUUUUAAAAUGUUGGUAAACUAAUACUCAAUACUCAGUGAUAAUGAUAGUAUGUGAUAAAGUAAACAUUGAUAAUAAACACUGAUAUAAUAAAUAAACAAGGU